AUGGCAGAACUCGCCGUCAACAACUCGAUGCACGCGUCGACAACGCAUGUACCGUUCUUCGUGAAUGGUCUACGCCAUCCACGUUUACCCGCCUUCUGGGAGUGUGACACAGUUUACGGGGGAGAGGGGGCUCGCUCGAACAAAACCCGAUCCGGUUCUUGCUCAUCACACGUCGACAAUGGUGUCGACGUGAUGGACGCCAAUGUCGAUCACAUCGACACCGAUGACGAUGAUGACGACGAUGCUGGUAUAUCCGGCAUCGCCAACGACUGCCACAGUAAGGACGAUGACGCCCUCACUGGUCGACACAAUGUUCUUAAGCGGUUCACACGAAGCGAAAUGCUGUUAACAAGGGAGAAUCAGCAGAGGAAUUAUUUGCUGACUUGCGAAGCGGUUGUCCGCUUCGUUCAAGAGUUUAUUUCAGACGCAUAA